AUGGCUGAACUCGACACGUUGGACGUUAUCGUCCUAGCCGCCAUCUUCCUCGGGACGGUGGCCUACUUCACAAAGGGGAAAUACUGGGCCGUCACCAAAGAUCCGUAUGCGAGCUCCUUCGCCGGUGCCAAUGGUGCUAAGGCGGGCAAGACUCGCAAUAUCGUCGAGAAGAUGGAGGAAUCGGGCAAAAACUGCAUCAUCUUCUACGGGUCACAAACAGGUACCGCUGAGGAUUACGCAUCGAGACUAGCAAAGGAGGGCAAGAGCCGCUUCGGCCUCGAGACCAUGGUUGCUGAUUUGGAAGACUACGACUACGACAACUUGGAUGCUGUCCCCAGCGACAAGGUCGUCAUGUUCGUCCUCGCGACAUACGGCGAGGGUGAGCCCACGGAUAACGCAGUCGAUUUCACCGAAUUUAUCACCGGCGAGAGCCCGUCCUUCACUCUCGACAACGACCCUCCCCUUGGUAACCUCAACUACGUCGCAUUCGGCCUGGGUAACAACACGUAUGAACACUACAACUCCAUGGUCCGCAACGUCGACAAGGCUCUGACGGCCGCCGGCGCCCAUCGCAUCGGAGAAGCAGGCGAGGGCGAUGAUGGCGCUGGCACCAUGGAAGAGGACUUCUUGGCUUGGAAGGAUCCUAUGUGGACGGCUCUGGCUGAGAAGAUGGGUCUAGAGGAGCGCGAGGCCGUUUACGAACCCAUUUUCGGCAUCACUGACAGGGAAGGUCUUACUCGCGACGCCCCCGAAGUCUACCUCGGCGAGCCCAACAAGACGCACCUCGACGGAACUCCCAAGGGUCCCUUCAACGCCCACAACCCGUACAUUGCCCCCAUUCAGAAGUCCACCGAACUGUUCAGCGUCAAGGAUCGCAAUUGCCUGCACAUGGAAAUUGAUAUCAGUGGCUCCAACCUGAGCUACCAGACCGGUGAUCACAUUGCGGUUUGGCCUACCAACGCCGGCGAGGAGGUUGACCGUUUCUUGGAGGUCUUCGGUCUUGGCAGCAAACGCCACAACGUUAUCAGUGUUAAGGCCCUCGAACCGACUGCCAAGGUGCCUUUCCCGACCCCAACGACCUUCGACGCCAUCGCCCGCUACCACAUGGAAAUCUGCGCUCCGGUCUCCCGCCAAUUCAUCGCCACUCUCGCCGCCUUCGCCCCCGACGACGAGUCCAAGGCUGAGAUGACCAAGCUCGGCAACGACAAGGACUACUUCCAUUCCAAGGUUAACGCACACUGUCUCAACAUCGCUCGUCUUCUCGACGUCGUGGGCAAAGGCAAGAAAUGGUCUAACGUUCCGUUUUCUGCUCUCAUCGAAGGUGUCACCAAACUGCAGCCCCGCUACUACUCUAUCUCGUCGUCCUCUCUGGAGCAGCCCAAGUUGAUCUCCAUUACUGCGGUGGUCGAGUCGCAAAACCUCCCGGGCCGUGGCGACCCCUUCAGGGGUGUCGCGACAAACUAUCUCCUGGCCCUCAAGGAGAAGCAGAACGGCGACCCGAACCCCAACCCCUUCGGACUAACGUACGAGAUCACCGGGCCCCGCAACAGAUUCGACGGCAUUCACGUCCCGGUCCACGUCCGUCACUCCAACUUCAAGCUUCCCUCGGACCCCACAAGACCCGUGAUCAUGGUUGGCCCUGGUACCGGUGUCGCCCCGUUCAGAGGGUUCAUUCGUGAAAGGAAGAAGAUGGUUGAGAACGGCCAGGCUGUUGGAAAGACUAUCCUCUUCUUUGGCUGCCGGAAAGUCGACCGAAGACUUCUUGAAGCUAAGCAGGUGCUUGGUGAUAAGUUUGAGAUUGUCCUCGCCUUCUCUCGUGAAGGGUCCAAGAAGGUUUACGUUCAACACCGGUUAAAGGAGCGUGCUAAGGAGGUCAACGAGCUAUUGCAGCAAAAAGCCUAUUUCUAUGUCUGCGGUGACGCCGCCAACAUGGCUCGCGAGGUCAACACCGUCCUAGCGCAGAUUCUCUGUGGGGAGCGCGGCAUUCCAGAAGAAAAGGCUGAGGAGAUUGUCAAGCAGAUGCGGGCAACGAACCAGUACCAGGAGGACGUUUGGUCCUAG